CGGGCCCUGCUGCCUGCAGCUGGGCUUCAGGACUGAACAGCACUUCAGGCUGCGCACCGGGGCACUCGCAGCCAGAGGACAGCAGACUCUGACACAAUGAAGACACCCCUGCGCGUGUGGGCACUGGCCAUGGCCUGUGUCCUGCUCCACGGCCACCUCUCCUUGGUCACAGCACGGGGCAUAAAGCACAGAAUCAAGUGGAGCCGGAAGGCUACGCAGAGCCCGCCGCAAGUCACCGAGGCCCGUGUGGCCGUGACCCGCCCGGGGGCCUUCAUCAGGCAGGGCAGCAAGCUGAACAUCGACUUCGGAGCCGAGGGCAACCGGUACUACGAGGCCAACUACUGGCAGUUCCCGGACGGCAUCCACUACGACGGCUGCUCCGAGGCCAACGUGACCAAGGAGAUGCUGAUCUCUGGCUGCAUCAACGCCACGCAGGUGGCCAACCAGGCGGAGUUCUCCCGGGAGAAGCAGGACAACAAGCUGCACCAGCAGGUGCUGUGGCGGCUGGUCAAGGAGCUCUGCUCGGUCAAGCACUGUGAUUCGUGGUUAGAAAAAGGAGCGGGGUUCCGAGUGGCCGUGAGCCAGCCGGUGAUGCUGUGCCUGCUGGUCUUCAUUUGGGUCCUCAUGACAUAAGCUGGAAAGGAAGCUAGCAGCCCCCACAAUGAGCCGGUGAGCAACCUGCAGUCACCCCAGUUGCCCUUCCUACCCCCACCCUAUAUGUCCUGAAGGUACCAAAGAACAGCACCUCGUCAGUGUUUCAAAUAUCACCCCCAAGAACUCCCCCUGGUAUUUGUUCAGUGGUAUUCCCAUUUUACAUAUGUGGAAACUGAGGCUCAGAGAAGUGAAGCAGGUCACCCAGAGUCACACUGCUACAAAGUGGCAGAGCCAGGAAGCAACCAUAGCCUGGCUUCAGGUGUCCUGCUCUGCUCCAUCCCAGGGCCGCCUCAUGGUCUCUCUAUGGCUCACAAGGCCCAAAUCUAACCGGGGUGCUCUAGGGAAACUAAGAUUUAGAUGUAAAUGAAAGGACCCGACCAACUGCUGUGUGCUUUGAGAUCUCAGUGCAUGGGAGUUUAGUUUAACCCAUGUAGUUAAACUCAAAUAUAAUGAGGAAAUUGAUUUAAAAUGGAAAGGAUGGGGCGAAGGUUCAGGAGCCUGGCUGUUCGGAAAUACUGCCAAGGCGGCCCAGAGCGGGUGAGAUCUGCUGCAGAUCGCUGUGGCAUUAGGGCUCUGUUUCACAGGAAGGGCCAGGUGUUUCUCUGCCAGCAGUGGUCUGUGUACUAAGAAAAACAUUUUCAAAUGACAUGCUUGCUUCCAGGGUUCCCCCAGCCCUAUGUGCUUGCUUUUAGGUGCAUUCACACGAGCGUCUGUAAAGAUGCUUUCUGUAUGUGGUGCUCUCCGCGAUCGCUAUCGGUCCUUGGGACACCACUCCGGCUUUGGCAAGGGCUGUCAUCUCCGUAAAUCUCUUCUCGUUACAAAAACACAACCACCCGCCAAAAGGCUGGACGAGCCUUUCUUUAGAAAGGCUCCAAUAAAGAAUCUGUGCCUGUCAUAAGCAAGAGUUGAUACAACACCUUACCAGUUUUUAAAAUGUUAAACAUAUGAACCUCUUUUAGAAGUAAAACGUGAAGCUAAUGCUCUAAGGCGCCCCCACCACCACCAUCCGGGGUCCUGGCAGAGAGCUCCAGCAGUGUGGAGCAGCGGUGGAGAUAGCAGCUGCCCAGCGUUAUCAGUUCUCUCGUUAGCAGCACGCCGCGGAGCGCAGAUGUGUGUGCUCGGAUCCUUUAUCUGCAGUACUGCAGAACGUGAGUGUUGAUACUGUGCCCCUCGUGCCGAGCUCCCAGGGCUAUCAGUUCUUCUCAAGGACACGCUUGGAAGGUUUUAGGGAGGAAAGACGAAGGACUUGGGGAGGCGCAGCCCAGGCAAGCAGCCUCUCAGCCCAUAUCCCACGGGGAGUUGCCGGGUGCUGCCAGCACAGAGGACCCCGCAGUGGCUCCUGCCUCUGCAGACCCUAACCUCACCUUGGACUCUCCCAGCCUUGUUAGUUCUAGAUCUGAGUGCAAAGCUUGGGGGUUACGUCUUGCAUCCCAUUUUUAAAAAUAAUAAGAAUGCGAAUAAAGAAAGAAAAAGUCCUCAGAGGGUGACGCCGGCACUGGAACCGCAGGCUGUGAGCUUCAUUACACGGUUGCUCCAUGCAGCGCCCCCUAGAGGACUUCACUUCCCACGGGAGGCUCGAACGGGAGAUUUGUUCUCGGAGUUUUUAAUGGAAACUGCGUGAACGUGGACGUCCUUGCUCAGGUUUGCAGUUCACGAGGUGGACUUUGGGAGCCUGGCUUUUCACCUUAUCCAAGGGCUAUCCUGCACCUGCUAUGAGCAAGACACUGUGAGGUGCUUCUGAAUUAUCCUUGCCGAGGUCAUUUUACAACGUGAAUAAUUUCACUGACCAUUGCAUUCUUGGCACCCUGAACGUUGGCUCUUUAAGGUGUAAGGGGGUUUUUUUUAGUAAAAAUGCAUUAAAAUUACAACAGAAAUCUAAAACAAAAAAAGACUCCAAUCUUGGCAUCAAAUUGUCAGUUUUCAUUUCCCCUGCAACCUGUACUCCAUGUCCAUCUGUAUAUACCAAUGCCUGAAUUUGCAAUAGUAAUCAGACGAGCCUUCAGACCCAAAAUGUUUCCAUCAUUCAAGGCUUUUUGUCCAUUUUCCUAUGGUUUUUAGUUUCUUGUCUCCCCAACCCCAUCCCCUCCUUCCAUCUUGGGGUGUAGCCCCCCUUUUAAUAUGCUCAGAUAUAUCAUGCUCAGCUAACUUGUCCUUUUACACUGCUGUGUGAUAUUCAUGGUACAAUAGACUGUGGUUGAUUUAAUCCUUUCCUUGGUGAGGGACCUUCAGACUGUUGCCAGUUGGGGUCCCCCCCCCCUGCAAAAAUAAAUAGCUUUUAUCUACAA